AUGGAACCUACUUUUCCUCUAUUUCGACUACCCGAAAAUGUUAUCAUCGAAGUGCUCCGAAGCACGGAUCACGCUGAACAGUUGUUAAUCUUCUCCCUGGUCUCAACAAAAGCCAAAAACCUUGUCACAUCAUUGGGAGUGAGAGCCCGCAUUUUCGUUGAAAUUUAUGCUGGCAUUAGUCUAUCUGUCCGCUUUGGACCAAGAUCCUUGUGGGGUUUUGGUUUUCGCAAUGAUUCAAACGAUCAGUAUGCCGAAUUAGACAUUACUCGUCCAAUGUGUCCUAAUUAUAUAUUUCCAUACAAAAUCACUCAACAAUCAACUCCGUUCUAUUUCAGCGAUUGGUUAGAUCACAUUCGGACUAUAUUCUGUUGUACUGAACCACCAGGUGUAGCUUUCUGGCAAGGUAGUGAGCGAUUUGAAUUGGAAUUGCUGAAAAAUACGAUAAAGAACGUCAGUUGUCUAACUAUAUCUGACGAAAUUACUGAUAUUCAGAGUAAACGAAUUUUGAAUACAUUCGAAAACUUGAACCAAUUAAAUCUGUAUAGAAACCCAUUUGAAGAUACUUGUCAAAUUCAACAAAUCUUCAUUCAAAAUUUCGGAAUGAUCAGAUAUCGUGAUGUAUACUCAUUGGAUGACAUGUUAUUGGUCAACAGUGAAAAAGUCAAAUUCUGGCGUCGAAUAUCACUGAUACAGUUCAACCAAUUCCUCAAACACUGGAUCCGCGGAUCUAAUUCAAGACUGCAACGCAUGGAUCUAAACAUCGAGAACAGUGAGUCCGUGAGCAGAGACAUGCUUCUGAAAGGAAUUCAGUGUGUUGAUGUCGCAAAAGAAGAGCAACUAGAAAUUUGUCGGAAACACAGAAUUGCGAGUGAUUAUAUGGUUAAGAUCAUACGAAAAGACGGCACACCAGCAGUGAUUGCGACGACGAAUGAUGGGAAUUAUCCCAAUAUUCAUCUAAUUGUUUUGUACUGA